AGGAAGUCAUAGUGGUUUCUGUAGUGUGUCCCAUCAUCCUUCUAGUCUUGAAUUAGCGAAAGAGCAACAGGUUUUCAAAUUAAGAAGAAGAUGCUCGUGUAGCGGCUAGCGUGUGAACUACCUUGCAAUCCUGGACUGGCUAGCUCUGUGGGGGAGCAAGGUGGAGUGUUGCUAAGAAGCCAUCUUAUCCUCAAAAUGGAACUAGGAGGGCUCCAAACUUCGAGAACUGUUCCUAGAGAAUAAUUUCACUAUCUUCAGACCUUUGUUUAACAUUUAUCGCAAAUACAUCUUUCUCUAAACGUACAAUUAGUCUCAUACUCAUAACCGAUAGUAAUACAACUUCACAUUUCUAACCUUGAGUUUCCUUAUAUGGUUGCCAAUAAUCCAAAAUUCACAAGAAACACACUAUAGAUAGCUAAUUUAAAACUCCAAUAAUGCUGCAUAUUAUUAUUACUUUGACGUCGUCUAGUUCAAAAGAAAAGCAUAAGUGGGCCUUCUACAUGGUGACAACUACGGAAAACAUAGGAUGAUGGCAAGUAUUGGCAACCAUGUAACCACAGCCAUUGACUUUUCCGGCUCUCUCAAUCAUUUGUUUAGCGACCAACCCGUCCAUUAUCCAUCAAAUGAGAAUUAAUCAGAGUUUUAUAAUUUGUAUUUCACAGCUUAGUGGAUCAUACAAAAUUAUAUUAAGAAAGAACAACCAAUGUGUUUUGGAUGUAUGAAGCCAAUGAGAUUAAACAUAUAAAACAAGGUCCAAUCGGUUGAAAAUUAUUCUCUUUUGGAUGGUUUUUUUUUGCAAAGAUAUUAUGCAUUUUUUAACAUGCAGAAAAAACCAUAUCUUUCUAAAAAAUUAUAUGAAACUUAAGAGCAAAGCAUCGCAUAACUCGCAGUUUACUAUUAUUUCCUGGGACAAAGAAGUUUAUCAUUUCAACGUAAGUUAAUUAAUAUAUAUGACAUGUAAUUUAAUAAAGAUGUUUCAGUUUGUUAAUGAACUUUUUUCUAAUGGUGUUUUGAAAUAUCUAAGAUGCAGAAACUGCAUCAAAAACCUUUGAAUUUUUCGUUGCAUUCAAACGUAGCAUAUGGGCAAAACACAUGUAUUAUUUUGACCAAACGAUCAGCAUCUAAUUCAUUUACAGAUGUUACAUCCGAAUGCAAAAAGCGAAUAGCAUCAAGUUGAGUGAUCUCAUUUGUCUUGUCAUAGUUAGAAUCCAAGGUACCAAAUAUCGAUUUUGAAAAUAAUCAAUUGGACCAAUUACGAAAACAAAAAUAAUUUAUUAAACCGGACCAAAAUAAUUCUCAAACAACAACCAUCCUAACCACCAUGUAUAUGUUAAUCCAACAACUUAUUGAAUGAUUGACUUCAUGCGAGAAUAUUAAAACCUACAAAUAAAAUACAAUAAAGGAACGAAGAAAGUGUUGAGAAUGUUAUGCAAACAUGGCCAGCUCAAUGUUUAUAUUGUAAGAAGUUGUCUCUUCUCAAACCUGUUUUUGUAUUUUCUGCUUUAUUAUUAAGGAUGAAACAAAUAUCCAUCUUCGGUUAGAGAAAAAAAAUCCGAAUUGUGUUGAGAAAUGAAAGGAAGGGCCUACGUAAUGAUCUUCUUCUUCUGGGCUCUUCUCACUAUCAUCACCCCAAUGCUAGUUAGCUGGUCUCAGGCUCUUAAAGAACAUAAUAAAAAGGACUCCGGUCCAAGGAGAAUGAUGGGAUAUUCAGCAGAAAUGUUUUUGACAAGAGAGAUUGUUGAACGCUUAGAAGAAGAAGUAGAGUUGAUGAUGAAGCCGUCAAUGGCGCCUGCCCCUGAAGAUAGCUCUGUUUUACCAUCCAAGAAUCAAACUUCGAAGAGGAUAAACCAACAAGAAGGAUCAGUCACUAAACAUAAACAUCCCAUGAGUUUGCGAUAAAUUUCUUUGAAUAUUUUAUUUUUAUUUGUCUAUUUCCGCGACUAUAUUUAACUUGUUCAUAAGCACUCGGUUUGUUUUUGGAUAUACCAAAGUUAUUUAAUGCUGGUGAGGGGUGAGAGCAGUUCUUGUACAUAUUUGGCAUUCGCUUGGAAGAACUUUCUGUUUCUACGUUCUUGGUAGAAAGAUAUAGAAAUUAUUAUUGUGUUAUUAAUUUAGUAACGAGUUGGUGAACAAAGAAAGAAAAGAACAGGUGCUACAUGAAUUUUACCAAACGUCAUGGAUGACUUUUUAGUAUGCAUUUUUUAAUUCAGUUAUACAUUUUAUUCAUUAAGGAUAUAAACGAUAAAUAUCGCUCUAACUUUUAACGUGAAAGAUCGAUUCUAAAAAUUUACUUCGCAAAUAAUAGUAUAGAUGCUCAUUUUAAAAUCAAACUAUUUUUAUUUUUAAUCGAAAAUAUUAAUAAGUUUAUAACAAAUUACAAAAUUUUCAAAAUCCAAAAACAAAUCUGAAAAGUUUCUAAUCUUUUUAAAAAUAUAGACAUAAGAAAUUUAAAUCGUGAAUAACCCUUACACCUUUUAAUUUUAGUUUUAUUUUUAAUAUCAACUGUUUAUGACUUACAAAUUUUUCAUCGAAUGUUUACACAUUAAGAAAAACCUAUAAAAAAUUUCAUCAAAUGUGUGCCACACAUAACACAUUAAUAAUAUCAACUGUUUAUGACUAACAAAUCCGGCCUUAAAUUGGUAAAACCUUUGACCAAAAAACGGUAAAAUCUCCAAAAAAGGAGUCCACAUGGCAAUAUCCUUCUUACACGUUGAUAAACGAGUGAUAGCAUCAGAAGCUUUAGCAACUCUGUACUCAUUUCUCUCUCUUCUUCUUCUUCAAAUCAAUGGACGAGACCAAAUCGAAGAUUGAAGAAAAAUGUAGACGUCGCACUAAAGCCACACCCAUUUGCCGCGAAACUGGGGAUCACGUCCAUUCCCCUCCCACGCGCAUAACCAAAUCCACGCGCCCUACUCACGCGCCACCGCCAAACCUCGAAUCGAUCUUCCGGCUCACUCCCGAGCCACGCUACGGUGAAUGCAGGAAGAAUCAGGCAGCCAGCGCCGGCACCACCGCCUACGACGGCUGCGGCGAGUUCGUCAGCGCCAAUCCCGGAGAAGAUUCUUUCGACUGCGCCGCAUGCGGCUGCCACCGCAGCUUCCACCGGAAGGAAUCUCUCUCCGACGGUAUCCUCGAAGUUCUCAAGAUUUCGCCGUCGCAGUUUCGCCAGAUCUUCUGCUCUCCUUACGGCGAGGCCGAAGAGAAGAAGAGGAUCGCGAUGGAUAAAUCCCCCGAGGAGGAGGAGGCGGCGAGAGCGAAGAGGUUGAAGACGAAGUUCACGGCGGAGCAGACGGAGAAGAUGAGGAGCUACGCGGAGAAGGUGGGGUGGAAGCUGAGCUCCGAGGGUAGGGAGAGAGUCAGAGAGUUUUGCGACGGGAUCGGAGUGACGAGGAAGAAUCUGAGAGUUUGGAUGAACAAUCACAAGGAAGCUAACGGCCGAGUGGAUGAGGAGGAGGAGGGGAGAGUGAAGAGGUUCAAGACGAAGUUCACGGCGGAGCAGACGGAGAGAAUGAGGAGUUACGCGGAGAAGCUGAGGUGGAAAGUGGGCCCUGAGGAUAGGGAGGAGACUGAAGUGUUUUGCAAUGAGAUUGGAGUUAAUCGGAAUAAUUUUAUGAUCUGGAUGAAUAAUCACAAGGAGGGAAGAGACUGAUGAUGACAAUUAAAAUUUGUAUUUCGUUUCAAUGAAGUUUUUAGUGUAAUGUAUGAAAAAUAAAAUAACAUAAAAAGAAGCAUGUAUAAAUAAAUAAAUAAACAGCUUUCGUCA